AUGAAUAGCAAAUACACCAAGGCAACGGAUCUCAUUUUCAAAUCGAAGCAAAACCCGCUCACUGGAAAGCCCUUCUCGGAUAAUUAUUACAAAAUAUUGGAAGAAAGAAAGAAAUUACCCGUUUUCGAGUUUCUUGACACACUCGAACAAGCCGUCGAUUCCAAUCAAGUAAUUAUUGUGGAGGGAGAAACAGGAUCGGGCAAAACAACCCAAAUUCCUCAAGCUUUAACGCUUCACUAUUUGUCUAAAAAUCCUGAUUCGAAUAAAAUGAUUUGCUGUACUCAACCUCGUCGUGUAGCUGCUUUGACUGUUGCAAAACGUGUUUCCGAAGAAAUGGACGUUGAAUUUGGGGAGGAGGUUGGUUACACGAUUCGAUUUGAAGACUAUACGAGUGAACGAACAAAGUUGAAGUAUAUGACAGACGGUAUGUUAGAACGAGAAGCAAUGAACGAUCCUUUAUUGUCUCGUUAUUCUAUAAUUUUGUUGGAUGAAGCUCACGAACGAACAUUAGCGACGGAUAUAAUGAUGGGUUUACUGAAAGAACUAUUACCGAAGCGUCCUGAUUUGAAACUAAUCGUAAUGAGUGCAACUCUGGAUGCGGGUCGAUUCCAGAAAUACUUCAACAAUGCUCCUCUUUUCUCUGUCCCUGGCCGCGUGUAUCCAGUGGACAUUUACUUUACUCCCAAGCCAGAGCGCGAAUACGUGGAAGCGGCGAUCCGCACUGUGAUCCAGAUCCACUUGCUGGAGGAUCCUGGCGACAUUCUGCUUUUCCUAACAGGCGAGCAAGAAAUCAUGGACACUUGCGAUCGUUUAGAAGAAGAGCAGGCCAGUUUCCCGAAAGACAAGCAGAAUCUGAUUAUCCUGCCUCUCUUCUCCUCGCUUCCUCCCCAGCAACAGCAGCUUGUGUUUGAGCCCACUCCGGAAGGAAGCCGGAAAGUGGUGAUUGCGACGAAUAUCGCGGAGACUUCGAUCACAAUCAACGGGGUUGUGUAUGUGAUCGAUCCAGGAUUCAGCAAGCAAAAAGUCUACAAUCCUCGAAUCCGCGUGGAGUCGUUGCUCGUAACUCCAAUCAGCAAAGCAUCGGCUCGUCAGCGUGCGGGUCGCGCAGGCCGAACGCGUCCAGGGAAAUGCUUCCGAUUAUACACGGAGGAAUCAUUCAACACGCAAUUGCUGGAGCAAAGCUAUCCAGAAAUCAUGCGAAGCGAUAUCAGCUCUGUGAUUCUCACAAUGAAAAAGCUCGGGAUCGAAAAUCUGGUUCGGUUUGACUUUAUGGAUCCGCCAGCACCCGAAACGAUGAUGCGUGCUCUGGAGAAUCUGAAUUAUCUGGGCGCAUUGGACGAUGAAGGGGAGUUAACGGAGUUGGGAAAUGAAAUGGCGGAGCUUCCGUUGGACCCUCAGCUAUCGAAAGCCCUUCUGAGUUCGAAGGAGUAUGGAUGUGUUCCUGAAAUGCUGACGAUCACGGCCAUGCUCUCCAUCCCUCCCCCGUUCCUUCGUCCUCGCGAGAGCGCGCGGUUUGCGGACGAGGCGAAGAGCCAGUUCGUGCACGCGGACAGCGAUCACAUCACGCUUCUGAACCUGUACAACGCGUUUGUGGAGGUGCCGACGAAGGCGCGAUCGAAGUGGUGCUACGACAAUUACAUCAACUACCGAUCGAUCUCGUCGGCACUGAACGUGCGGCACCAGCUGGAGGGCAUUUUGCGCCGUCUGCACUACGACGUGACGAACGGAAACCACUUCGAGAGCACGUACUACUUCACCAACAUCAAGAAGAGCAUCUUCGCGGGGUUCUUUAUGCAGGUGGCGCAUCGCGAGCGGACUGGGCACUAUCUUACGAUCAAGGACAAUCAGGUGGUGAAGCUGUAUCCCUCCUCCGUGAUGAAGAACAAGCCUGACUGGGUGAUGUUCCACGAGUUUGUAUUGACGACUGCGAACUAUAUGAGGACGGUCACUGCUGUGGAUGGGGAGUGGCUGAUGGACAUUGCUCCUCAGUACUACGACUUGGACUCGUUCCCUGACUGCUCUGCGAAAAACGACAUUAUUGCAAUAGAGAGAAGGAAGAAGUUGAUUCGCGAGAACUCAAAGCGACGUAAGCACUAG